AUGGCAACUCAGGCCGUGGCUUUGCCGUACAUUGACCACGACUGGGAGCUGGGCCAGCCUGGUUCACGUUAUAUGCUUUACUAUCUUGGCUGUGAUCCUGAAUCAGUCUCGGGUGUGGUGCCCAAGGAGGUCACUUUGCAUUCGUGGAUGGAGACUGAGCACAUAAAGCAGCUCAAGGCAAUGCGAGAGUCUGUUGUCGGAGAAGGACAAGAGCCUGCACCUUAUGGCCCCACCAGGCUCAGCCCACCGACUGAGGUCGGCGGAGGACAGGACGCUCGUCAGCACGGCGAUCCUUGGGACCAAGGCCGUGAGGCUUCGGCUUCUGUGGCUGUGGGCGAGAGUCUGCAGGCCACGCCAACUGGACUGGCCCCAACAGGCCAAGACCCUAGGGCCAAGACUCAGGAACGGGUGAAGGAGAGCGGUGACGAUAUAGCCAUGUGCUUUGGCUUCAGGUAG